AGCUGGGAGACGGGGGUGGCCUCCAUGAUGCAGAACAGUCACAGUGGAGUAAACCAGCUGGGAGGUGUGUUUGUGAAUGGCAGACCUCUACCUGACUCUACCAGGCAGAAGAUAGUGGAACUGGCUCAUAGCGGAGCUCGACCAUGUGACAUCUCCAGGAUACUACAGGUCUCUAACGGAUGUGUGAGUAAGAUCUUGGGCCGGUAUUACGAAACGGGUUCCAUCCGACCCCGGGCCAUCGGAGGGAGCAAACCCAGGGUGGCGACACCGGAGGUGGUGGGAAAGAUCGCUCAAUACAAGAGAGAGUGUCCAUCCAUCUUCGCCUGGGAGAUCAGAGACCGGCUGCUGGCAGAGGGCGUCUGCACUAACGACAACAUUCCCAGUGUAUCGUCGAUAAACCGAGUCUUAAGGAACCUGGCCAGUGACAAGCAGCAGAUGGGGGCGGUGGGGGCUGAAGGCAUGUUUGACAAACUCAGGAUUCUCAAUGGACAAAGCAAUUGGGGCGGACGCUCGGGGUGGUACCCUGGUACUACACUAACAAGCUCUGCAGAAUGUCCUCCAGUGGCAGGAGGAGAGAACACCAUCUCUGUGACCUCUAAUGGUGAAGACUCUGAAGAAACUCAGAUGAGGCUUCAGCUGAAGAGGAAACUCCAGAGGAACAGAACGUCUUUCACACAGGACCAGAUAGAGGCACUGGAGAAAGAAUUUGAAAGGACUCACUAUCCAGAUGUGUUUGCCCGAGAACGCCUUGCUGCCAAAAUAGACCUUCCUGAGGCACGAAUACAGGUUUGGUUUUCCAACAGACGAGCAAAGUGGAGGAGAGAAGAGAAGCUGAGAAAUCAGCGACGUCAAGCUUCCAGCUCGUCCAGCCACAUCCCCAUCAGCAGCAGCUUCAGCACCAGUGUUUACCAGCCUCUGCCUCAGCCCGCUACCACAGUUUCCUUCUCCUCAGGAUCGAUGUUGGGCCGGUCGGACUCGGUUCUGUCCAGCAGCUACGGCCUGCCGCCCGUGCCCAGCUUCAGCAUGGCAGCGAGCCUGCCCAUGCGAGCAUCAGGUCAGACCUCUUACUCUUGCAUGCUGCCCACCAGCCCAACAGUAAACGGGAGAAGUUAUGAGACAUACACCCCCCCACACAUGCAGCCACACGUCAACAGCCAGUCAAUGAGCUCCUCGGCAACAACAUCAGCAGGUCUGAUUUCCCCUGGAGUUUCAGUUCCAGUCCAAGUUCCAGGAAGUGAAGCAGACAUGUCACAGUACUGGCCACGCCUACAGUAA